AUGGACGGGCUGCCUCUGCCGAGCUUCGCUUCGCCGCUAGAUGCCAUCCUCCACAGGUUCGACCUCACGUCUGAAUCGUUGUUGAUCGACCUCUUCCCCAGGCUUCGCCUCCUUGAGGUGGGCACUGUCUCUGCCUUCCAAGCAAACGAGCCUCACGCAAAGCUCGACUCCGUCGCUGGAGCCCCCCAAACCUUCGACUCCUCGGCGCAGCCUUUGGCGCCUUUCUCCUCGAACAUCUCGACAACCAUUGCUUCCGUGAUGGCUGAGCAGACUGUCCGAACGUUGCGCCAAGCUGUACCGCCGACUAUCCUCCUCUCCCCGAUGAGCCAGCUUGACGGGGCGAUCCAGCUGGCGAUAAUACAGCUUCUCAAACCCCUCUGUCCGCUUUGCCCGCAGCGAGCGCAGCUGAAGCAGAACGAGCUCGGCGCCAGUCAGCACGCUGCGCGCGUUCGCGACGCAUCCUUUGCUCUGUUCGACCUGCUGUACGUCGUCACGGACGGUGAGGCUCAGUGGGCAGGCGUCGGUUCGGAUUCGUCUGUCGACAUCGGCAACUGGACCUUCUGGAAGCCCUUCUACCCCUUCGGGCUUUACUGCCCAGUUUUACAGAUGGCGCAGGAGCCCACGCUUAAGCUCAAUGACGCCGCCUGUCCGGCUGCCCUGUCUCCGACGCCAAGUCUUGCAAAGGCGAGAAUCCCGUUCAGUACAGCCCCCGAGCGAAGCUGA